UUAAGACAACACUUCAGAACUUCGUCGAAUAAUAUUUUUUAAAAAAGUCUAGUACAAGAAUCACUUUACAUGUGAGGUGAUCAACAACAUGCAAGAGAUAAUUUCCAGUCGGAGUUUUUUUUUUUCAUCGAAAUGAAAAGGAACAGUUAAUAGAAUCGAGUGAGACUUGAGGAAGAGAAGUAAAAAAAAGUAGGACAUUGCCGUUAAGAAGUCCGAAUAUGAGAUACAGACCGUUAUUGUAAGGCGGGUUGUGUUACCGAAGUAAAAAUUCUUCCCUCGUUCCCGACGUGUCCAUGGAUGAACCCGUGAUUAUAGGUAUCUUCGGUGGGAUUCUGGUUGUGUUACUUGUCUUCAUCACUCUUUGCUUCUUCUAUAUACUCUAUCUAGUGCGGCAUUCCCGUGCGCCCCAAAGGAAUGUAUAUCCGAAUCCAUUGAUAAUCAUCAGAAACCUUCAGAACAGUGAUGGAGUUUCCUUUCCUACUCGUAGUGCCAGUCAGGUUUUCCUGGACAAGUUUCAUCGUCUCAUUGGUUCUUCGAACACCAGGACCAAUGCCGACCAGGAACCUGAUUUCAGCAACGGUGAAAUUCCUUCUCCAGAGUUCCGUCUCUCUCCACCACUGCAGGUGAAGCACGACCAACACUCCACUCAAGACUCGUGCCCUCCGGUCCUGACGCCGAAGAGGAUCCUCCCCAGCUGUUCUGGAGCAAAAACUGGUCGGGACAACAGAGAUCGUUUCAAACAUGAGGACCCCUACGACUAUCCUCCUUCGCCACGACUCAUCGAGUCUGCAGUUGCAGGGUCAGGGCAAGGCGUAUCUCAGACAUUGCACGAGACCGAUACGGCGAGCUUCGCAGACCCAGCCGAGAGCGUCGCAGAAAACCAAGUGAUUCUUAACAACCCUGAAGACUCGUCCGGCGAAGAGAGCUCGGAUGCCCAGGCUUCCGAGUCCUGCGUUUCCGAGCCGAACAGCGAAGGAAACUCCGAGGAAGACUGUCCACUCUCAAAGGAAGGAUCUGAAGCGGGGGAUCGUCCUCUGGGCUGCAGGACCAUGGAGGGGCAGCUGUUCUACGCCUCGCCUAUAUUCGCAACAGCCAUCAAGGAAAUGAAGAUGCUAACACUCUUUCAGCAGAGGAAUCAGUGGAAGGACCCGAUGGAGCGCAAUGAUACAACAGGAACAAGUGAGUUAUCUUUGGAGGAACAAGAACUAGAACAAGAGAAAGCUUCACCUAACUCUGUCGUCAGGAAAUCCCAGGAAAGCUCAGCCCGACCGGAAGACAUCGCAAACAAGGAAAAAGUCUCCUCGCUGGUCAAGAACGUUAUUGGAGAGAAUUCACCGAAAGUCAUGGAACGCAGGGACUUCACUGACCCCGAUGAGAUGAAGGAGGAUGAAGAUGAGAUAGAGGGAGAAGAGGAAGUGGAGGAGGUGGUCGAAUAACACUAUGAAAGGUAAGGCUAUUCACGCUGGGUCAUCAGAAACCACGUCAGAUGCUGAAAUGCCUUUGGAUGAAUUGGUUCUCCACUAAAGGGUCAGAGACAAAGAGACUACUUGCAACAUCUUAUCAGAAUAUAUUUAACUAUAAUACACGGAUUUUUUCUCAUGAAAAAUGAUGUUCAUCGAAAAUGACAAACACUCUUAAGAUUUUUUUCAUAUUCCUAUGUAAAUCAAAGAAGACAAUUAUUGUUUAUGAGCAAUUUUCUUUUUCUAUGCAAAAGAGAAGAAAAAAUAGUUAUUCUUAUAAACUUCAACUGAAAAUUAUGUAGAGGAAAUUAUCUAGAAAUGCAAACCUUGGUUUCUAGAUGACAAAAGUCUCUAAAUUUAACCUUUUCAGAUAAUGCCAAAACAAAGUAUUGUGAGUAAAUAAAUUGUAUCUAUUUAUCUAUGUAUUAUAUUUACACACUCACACACACAAACACACACACACAUAUAUGUAUAUGUAUAUAUAUAUACAUAAUUUCAUACAUACAUACAUACAUACAUACAUACAUACAUACAUACAUAAAUACAUACAUAUACAUACAUACAGACAGACAAACAGACACACACACAUAGAUACGUUUGUUAGAUUUUGGUUGAUAAAUACAAACGGAUGUUCCU